GUCGCGUUAGCACCGCUCGCCCCGGUUCAUUGUUCCCGCCAUAAUGCGUUGACGUUCGGUAACUCGCUAAUUGACGGAUUGCUCAAGCUUUUUACUCUGUGACCUUUUUACGUGUUGUGAUUGUCACGGAUUCCGAACCGGUCAGGAAGCUCAGCACUUCAAAGGAGAUCAAAAGAGCCGUCAAUCCGGAGUUAUUAAACGAUACAAUCAUAAAAACAAACAUGCAAGACUAUUCACGAACGAAACAUUGAGACACAGAUGAGCGACACACAAGAUUCGGUGGACACGCACAGCACAGACAUGCAAACGGUGGUCUCCAGCUACAUCCCCAUAGGACAGGACAUACAGGACAUAGGCACGGACGCGUACGCAGACUACGAGGGCAUAUGUAGCCCCGACGAGAAGAUCAACGUCGACGACGAUAGAGACGUUAUUGUAGACGACACAGUCAGUGAAAAGCAAGAAACUAUCGAUAAUGACGCUGAACAGUGGCACAGUGAACAAGGUGGUAAAAGUGACGACAAUGACAGUAAAGACGUGUUCGAGUUUUCGUGGCAUCCGCAUGUAUACGGGAAGCCGCCUAAAAAGCCAACACCACAUACGAUAGAGUAUAUCCUAGGAUUGAACGACAGGGAGGACAGCAGGAAGGCAGUGAGUUCUUUGAUGAGUGUGAAACGGUUUGACCGGAGUCAGGAUAGGGCUGAGAACAAGCUGGUGCAGAAUAGGUUACAGGAACAGUUGCUGCAGCGUAGUAGGAACAGUGAUAGUGUGUUUGUGAAGGAUGAACCUUUGAACUUGUCUGUGCCGAAGGCGUGGGGUGAAGAUGAUAAGUGCAAUAAGGACGCAAAGCUGAUAAAACGGAAGAAGUCAACAGACGACGUCAGAUCGCCUCUUGGUGGAGAAGGUUCCAUGACCAGUGAGGAGGGGGAGGACACCAGUGCUGGCAGGCGGAAGAAGGCCAGGACCACCUUCACCGGGAGGCAGAUCUUCGAACUGGAGAAGUUGUUCGAAGUCAAGAAGUAUCUGUCGUCAGGGGAAAGGGCUGAUAUGGCAAAGCUGCUUAAUGUUACGGAAACACAGGUGAAAAUCUGGUUCCAGAACAGACGAACGAAAUGGAAGAAGAAGGACAACGUAUCAAACGCAGAAGUAGCAGAAAUGAAGCAGCAGAACAAACCUCUAGAAGACAAGAAAGAAGACAGAGAGGACCCGCUCGCUCUCGACAUGUCAAAGAAGAAUUGCAAUAAGAUACUUAGUGAGAAGCUAAAAACUAAACCCACACAAAACGUUCUGCCAAAACCUAGGAGAGUGGAAAAGGGGGUGGUUCUAGAAACGAUAUGUGACGCUAAUGACAUAGAAAGUAGGAUAUCAAUAACUAAAAUAACGAAUAAGCUGUCGAGCACAGAUCUGUCGGAGACGGGAGUUUCGGUGAAGAGUUUCAACCCUCAAGACGAGCUGAAACUAGACGCCUUGAGUAGAGAUGUUGAGAUGUAAUAGAUUAAAUUGUUGGUUUGCGAUCUCUGGAUGUACCGAAUUGAAUAUAAGUUAUAGCCCUGUUUAUUAUUUUUUAAAAAUCGACACCAGAGUUAGAUUUCCCAAAAUAGAUUUGUGAAAAAUAUAAUUGCUUACUAUUUAACGUGUUAAAUCGAUUGAAAGAGUAAAGUAAUUUGGAAUUUAGAUCUUAAAUAGGCAGGUACCAUGUUGACUUUUUACGGUAAAAUUAGAAAUCCGUCCUUCAAAAUUAAUAUGAUUAUGAGCACUUCCAAUAUAUGAUUUUUAUAUGCAAUGCAUAG